AGACACAGACAGCUGAGUAUGUAAUGUGUACAGUUUUUUACAAUUAUACUUACAACAUCUCUCUCUUCUCUCUCUAUCUCUCUCCUCUUUUAUCACUUUGCUACACAACACAGUUAGCACAGUUCAGUUGAGAUACAUACAUGGAAAUGUAUCUAUAUGUUUCUCUCUCCAAAACUUUCUCUCUCUGAGAUGUAUAAUAAUUUUUGAUUCCUCCUAUGCCUGUGAUCUAAAAACCAAUCAGAUUCUUCAUCUUCUCUCUCUACAUAUACAUACACACAUCUGUAUCUAUCUCUGUGUAUGAGAUUAUAUAAAUUAGACCUAGAUUUAGAUUGCUUACAUGAGUGAAGCUCAAGCACAAAUGUCAGAAGACGACGCGGAUCUCGCCGCCGCGGCCGGCGGCGCCAGCAUCCGCACCGCCGUCGUCACCACCGGCGGCGACUAUUCAUCUCCCUAUCCAGAUCAAGUGCUCGAGAACGUUCUGGAGAACGUGCUUAUAUUUCUGACGUCACGGCGAGACCGUAACGCCGUGUCGCUAGUCUGCAAGUCAUGGUACCGUGCGGAAGCGCUGACUAGAUCGGAGAUUUACAUCGGGAACUGUUAUUCAGUCUCGCCGAGACGCGCGGCAGAGAGAUUUAGGAGAGUUAGGUCUGUGGUGUUGAAGGGGAAGCCGCGGUUUGCUGAUUUUAGUUUGAUGCCUCCGGAUUGGGGGGCGCACUUUGCUCCGUGGGUGAUUGAAAUGGCGGAGGCGUAUCGAGGUCUCGAAAAGCUUUACUUGAAGAGGAUGAAUGUUACGGAUGAUGAUCUCGCGGUAAUGGCUCGGUCGUUUGGGAAUUUUAGGGAGCUGGUGCUUGUUUGUUGCGAGGGGUUUGGGACUGCUGGCCUUGCGGUUGUUGCUAGCAAGUGCAGGCAACUUCGAGUUUUUGAUCUGAUUGAGGCGGAGGUAUCGGAUGAUGAUGAGGUGGAUUGGCUUUCUUGUUUUCCGGAGAGUGGAACUUGUCUUGAGUCUCUGAUUUUUGAUUGUGUUGAAUUUCCUAUUAAUUUUGAUGCAUUGGAGAAUCUAGUGGCGAGGUCGCGGUCUUUGAAAAAACUUAGAGUGAACAGGUUUGUUAACCUAGAGCAGCUUCACCGCCUGAUGAUUCUUGCCCCGCAAUUGACUGAUUUGGGGACAGGCUCGUUUAGUCCCCAAGACCAUCCUAUUGACCAGGAGCCAGAUCUUGUAUCUGCAUUUACUGCUUGCAGAUCAUUAGUUAGCCUUUCUGGGUUUAGGGAAACUGUACCAGAUUAUCUACCUGCAGUGUAUCCAGUCUGUGCUAACAUCACUUCUCUCAACUUCAGCUAUGCAAACAUCACUGCAGAUGAACUCAAACCAGUCAUAAGAAAUUGCCAUAAACUCCAGAUUUUUUGGGUACUAGAUUCUGUGCGUGAUGAAGGAUUACAGGCAGUGGCUGCUACUUGUAAGGAUCUUCGAGAGCUCAGGGUAUUCCCUAUAGAUGCGACGGAAGAUAAUGUUGGUCCUGUUUCUGAUGUGGGCCUUCAGGCUAUUUCUGAGGGGUGCAAGAAAUUGGAGUCUAUUUUGUAUUUCUGUCAGCAGAUGACUAAUGCCGCUGUGAUAUCCAUGUCGAAUAACUGCCCAGAUCUUGUAGUCUUUCGACUUUGUAUUAUAGGGCGAUACCGUCCGGACCACAGUACUGGAGAACCAAUGGAUGAGGGUUUUGGAGCAAUUGUAAAGAAUUGUAAAAAGCUUACGAGGUUAGCUGUAUCUGGUUUACUUACUGACAAGGCUUUCAGUUAUAUUGGACAAUAUGGGAAAUUGGUGCGGACAUUGUCAUUUGCUUUUGCUGGAGAUAGUGACUUGGGACUGAAAUAUGUGCUUGAGGGUUGCUCUAAGUUGGAGAAGCUUGAGAUCAGGGAUUGCCCUUUUGGAGAUUCAGCUUUGCGGUCUGGUUUGCAUCACUACCACAAUAUGAGGUUCCUAUGGAUGUCAACUUGUAGGGUAACUCGCCAGGGUUGCAGAGAGAUAGCACAACAAAUUCCCCGGGUGAUUGUGGAAGUGUUUAGAUGGAAUCAGAUUCUAGAAGAAGGGGAAAAGUCUGAUCUGGUGGACACAUUGUACUUGUAUAGGUCACUUGAAGGUCCAAGGGCUGAUGCACCAAAAUUCGUGAAUAUCCUUUGAUUGUGCAGGAUUUGUAAUGUUCUGGCUGUUCGUGAUUGGAUCUUCUCUGCAAGGAGAUAUAUUAAUCCAGAAUUCUCUACUUCUUAUCUUACAUGCCUUAAAUGCCUUUAGGCGGUGGUGGACCUUGUGUCCAGACAUGGGUUAUCGAAUGACAAUAAACAGCAAAGCCCAAAAAUCGUUUGGAUGGCACGGGUCCUGCGAACAACGGGCAGCAUGAGAUGUUGUCUCGAUUUCAUUAUGAGGAAUCCAUUGUUGUUUUAUUAGUACAAUUCAAAUUUCUUAGCUACUUUUUGUUUUCAAUAUUCAUUUAAUAAAAGAAGGCUCCAGAGAUACCCAGGGGAAGGAUUGUUGAGUUGCUUUGCUGCUCUAGGCGAGGCGGGUUACUUGUACAUGUAUGUUGUCAAUGGGCGAAAGUUGAGUAGUUGUAAUUUCAAAAUAGUGGAGAUGAUCACACCUGAGGUUUUGGUCUAUACCGGUCUAUCCUAUCCUUCAAAGCAUACUGCAUACAAGGUUAGAAAGUUAAAGUGAUGGCUAAUUAAGUCCGCUUAUUGGUUCAAACACUAGUUUUCAGAUUCUAAAUUGUAGCAGGUGUAGUGUGAUGCCACCUUGUUGGUUUAAAUAUUAGUUUUCAGAUUUUAAGUUGUAGCAGGUGAGAACUUUGAUGAUGCAUUCUCUUCUAUUCAGCCUUCCUUUUUCUAA